GCCGGUUACGUGCAUCUCAGCAGCGCAGUGAAGAGAAAGCAAGAGAAGGAUGAGUUUUACAUGCUAAUGCUUGUAUUUCCUACCCCCACUUCCCCCUUUUUAACAUAUUCUUUUAGAUCUGAGGUGUACUGAGAACAUUGUACUUUAAGAAGCGUGAUGAUUGACGACUUCGAAAGCCAUGCGGUCCGAUCUAGUGGAGAUCUGUGGUCUGAGAUCUGCUCCAGUCUGCCAGAGCCUCAGGUACAGGAUGGUGGACAGUUUACAGACUCAUUUGAGCCUUCCUCCCCAGGAAACCCUCAGAGCAACUCUCCCAGAGCUUCUUUCUGCCCCUGGGAACCUAUGGCUGACUCUGAGGUUUACAUUGCCAGUUUAGAAAAUCGUUUGAAGAGGAUCAAGGGACAAUCGAAUGAAGUAACAUCGAGGGAAAUGCUCCGUUCCUUGUCCCAGGCUAAAAAGGAAUGCUGGGAUAGAUUCCUUCAUGAUGCCCAAACCUCAGAAUUGUUCCAAGAAGGGAACUUUGAUCAGAGUGCUUUGGAGCAGUUCAAGCGCUGGCUGUCUCCUGAAAGGGUGGCCAUCAACGCAGAAGAGCUGGAGUACCUUCUCUUGCCCACACAGAACAGUGAGGCUCCUGCCAGCUCGACCCAAACCGACAAGCCAUGUGAGGAGGAAGAGUGCCCGAGCCCAGAGAAAUAACCAUAUCACAGCAAUAACUGACCAGCAGUGUUGGGGGAAUCAAGAAUAUGUGAGGUCUGGUUGUGGAGUAUUACGAUCCAUUUAAUGGGAUCACUUGAUUCACAGAUUUCUAUUAAGGUGUCUUUGGUUGUGCAUGUCUCUCAAUCUGGUUUCAACUCAACAUUCAUUAUUGUAUCCUCAUAUUUGUAGGACUGAAAGAAAUACACGUGUGAAUUAAAAAAUAAAAUCUCUUUCUUUGAGAAAUUUGACUUGCCAAGUAACAAAAGCAGAAGUCUGAUUGGUUGAGAGAAGUAGAGGCAUGAAAACCUUACUACAUUUUAUCAUGUAACAUUCCACAUAUGUUCUCAAAUGAAUUUCAUUAUUUACUAUUGAAUUUAAAUUGUAUUUUUUGUAUUGCUAUUUACUUCUUUCCUGUAGUAUUGUUUAUACACUAAUCCAAACAUAUACAAACAUUACUUUUAUAAAUGCAUUAUUUAAUGCAUAUUUGUAUACAUUUAAAAUCUUUUCAUUUGUCCCCUAAAUUCAAGGUCAGUGGGCUGGAUGGUCACUAAAUGAAACAUUAGUACAGAAUGUUAGGUGUAAUAAAAUAUGCUUAUGUCUCUAUACAUGUUAGUAAUUGUACACUUAAUUCUGAAAGGAUAAUAAAAACUUUGAAGCAGCCAUAA